AAAAAUUAUAAUCAAGAAAUAAUUCAAAAUUGCAAAAAAAAGUGCUUCAUAAUAUGUAAUGUAUAUGCAGUUAUUUGGUUCACUUCAUUGUUUUUUUGGGUUUCUAGUCCAUUUAUCAUUAAAAAAUACUCGAUGAGAAAUCGUAAUGGAAAUUGGAUAGUCUAUCGAAACAAUGUAGUCAAUAUUUUUCUAGUUUACUUUUCUUUCGAUAAUUAUAAGCAUUUUUACUGGAUAAUUUAUAUCAUAGAAACAAUUAUUGUGACACAAGUAAUUUUAGAUAUUAUCAUUCGUGACGUCGCUGUGAUAGAACUAUGUAUGAUAUUAACUAGUCAGCUUGAAUCUAUUGCAUUGGAAUUUGAAUCCCUUGGUUAUCAAAUAAAAAACACAGAUACAAAGAAAAUGAUUAAAAUGUCAACAAUUGACAAUUUUAAACAUAUUAUUUUGGAUCAUAAAAAAGUUAAUAUGGUUAUAAAAAAUUUCUAUGAUAUAUUCAAACCUAUUGCAAUACUUCAAUUAGGAAUCACUUAUAAUUUGAUUAUUGGCUUGAUAUUCACGUGUGUCAUGAAUUUUCUGAAUAAUGAUAUAUUACUAUUAGUUGUUCUUUUGAAAUUAUUUUUUACAACUAUUGGAGUUAUUAUGAACUUAUUUGUCUGGUGUUUCUUUUAUGGAUACCUAGAAAAUCAAAAAAAUAAAAUGAAUUUUUUUAUGUACAGUUGCAACUGGACUGAACAAAACUUAGAAUUUCAAAAAAUAUUACUACUAACAAUGAAAUUAAAUAAUGCAAAUAAUUUUACAAUGAAAGUAACACCGACCAAGGUUUUUAACUUAGAAAUGUUUUCAAGAGUAAUGAAUACAUCAUACUCAAUAGUUUCAAUAUUAUUAAAAAAAAAGAUUCGAUAAUUUAUUUAACAACACAUCUUAAUGUAUUUUAUUAGGAAUGAUAGUUUAAUAUUUUGUUCUCGUAUAUGAAUAUAAUACAAUAGUAAUAAACAUAAUUUUUUUUUUGCAAACAAAAUUGUCUUUCUACAAGUUGUAGCGUUACGCUACGGCUUUAUCAUUGGUUGACAGUCGCAAGAAAGUCCGCUGGACAGCGCUGUUUGACAACCCUUAUUCAAAAAAUGUAAAUUAAAGUAUUUAUUUAUUAUUUUUUUUAUUAUUUAUUAUAUUUAUUGUAAUGAUUAUUUUAUAUACCAGUCUUAACGAGAACUCGAAAAUAGGAAAUUAGAAUAUUCUUUUGUUUUUGGAGGGUUUUUUAAAAAUAAAUAAUAUGUGGGCAAUUGUGUUCUACACUACUCCGGUGGUGACGGGUAGCAUAAAGUACACCGUCACUACUUGUAUAAUUAUUCUCUAAAAAUUCUAAUAGUUUUUUUUUAAGUUCUUCUUUUAUACGCGUCGUUUAACUAGUGAUUGCAGUAUUCAAUGCCAACUAGUCUUCAUUUAAUAAUUCAUCAUUUCAUUUUUCCAUCGAGUAAGUUUUCUUUAUUUUUCCUUAACUCUUAUUACUUAUAUAAUUUUCAACGGUGUUCGUAACUAAGCGUUACCAACCGUGAUCAAAGUUAUAUAUUCUUUUUUUUAAAGGCUAGUCAUAAUCUUCAACGGUGAUUAUAACCAUCGUGUUAUCAACCGUGAUCAAGAUUGCUAGUUUUUCCUAAGUAUUCCUCUUUAAUCCUUUGCAACGGUGCUCGUAAUAAACGUUUUACCAACCGUGAUCCAAAGGGUUAGAUUCCACCACUUAUAUAAUACAGUUCAUCUUCAACGGUGAUCAUAAUCUCCGUGUUAUCAACCGUGAUCGAGAUAACUGUCUUUUUGUAAAAAUCCCUUUAA